AUGGCACCCAACUCGCACCCGCUGCAAACUAUCUUCCGGACACCGGAUGCAGGGCUCAUCCGAAACAAGGACGGCCUCUGCAGGAACUGUGACAAGAAACCCGCACGCGGCGAGCACUUCCGCAAGUGCGCCGGCUGCCAACUCGCGCUCUACUGCAGCGACGCGUGUCAGCAGGAGGACCGGAGCAGACAUAAGCAUCAGUGCGACUUCCUGCAAGAAAGCGCUGAGGAGAUCCGCGAGCUGCAAGCGGACGCCAACGAAGAGGAGCUCGCAUACCUCGAAGAGAAACUAGCCCUCCGCUCCCGCCUGCGCGACUACGCCGAGGCGCACCGGCUCUCCUUCCGCUUCAUCGCCGCCGCGCAGCUCUUCCUCGCCGGCUCCGCCUCCACCCCGCUCGCCGACGACCCCAAGGUGCUCGUCGUCCCCCUGCGCCCCCGCGCGCCCGACAGCACGUCCGCCCUCGACCCAGCGCGUGCCUUCACAGCUGGCAAGACGAUGCUGCUCCCGCUUGCGCGCGUGCUCGAAGACUCCGCGAAGAGCGGGACACGUCUCAGCGAGGCGUACGCUGCGUCCGCGGGGUACCGCGCGCGGCUUGCUGCAACGGAGGCCGCGGGGAACCCGUGGUUCACCGGGCUGCUCCCUGUGCUCUACCGCGCAGGCCCAGGCGUGACGACGAUGGAGUUCUUCCCGCAGUGCCGCCCGGACGCGCCGUUCCGGGGCGCGGUCACGGCUGCGAGCGAGCGGCAGCAGAUCACGUACUACGGCCGGUUCAUCGAGCUGGGAGUGCUGCUCAGGCCUGACCCGGGUGUGUCGGGCGAUGCUACCUAUGUGCCAGGCUACUUGAAGAAGGCGGGCUCGCGGUGGAAGUGGACACCGUUGUUCGAGGGGUUUCCGAAUGACCCGGUGUGGCAGCGUACACCUCCGGCGGAACGGCAAAAGUUGCUGGAGAUGAAGCUUGAGCAGGCUCGACGCGCGUGA